AUGCUUUUAGAGAAUUUUAUAGAUCCGAAUGCCCUAUCCACACCAACCAACAUAAAGCCAGAGUGGUACUUUCUUCCUUUUUAUGCUAUAUUACGUUCCAUAAAAAGUAAGAUAGGCGGGAUUGUGGUUGUAGUGUUGGUUAUUGUUUUAUUUUGGGUGCCAACCCCAACCUGGUACACAGGAUUCGAAGGAAUAAUGCGUCGUUUGUUUUUUUGGGUGUUUUGGGUUCUGUUGAGCCAACAAGUUGGUGAUUAUUUUUAUUAUGUGGUUUAUACUAAGUAG